AUUAGAUAAAGCACGGAAGUAUGGAUGAUAACUUGUAUGAUGAGUUUGGUAACUAUAUAGGUCCACUAUUGGACGAGGAUGGAGAUGGUGGUCUGGAUUCUGAUGCAAGCGUCGAUGAUUCCGUCCCGAGUAAUCAUGUAACGAGGAUUGGACCGGAAGACAUAGUUCCGGAAGCUAUCACUACGAUAGCGGACGACAGGUUUAAGGAUGUAGAGAUUUUCAUUCAGCAUGAGGAUACACAGACCAUUGAUGAGCCUAUUGUAAAGUCUUACGAGACGCGCGUAGAUAGAGUUAGCAGUAUUAAGCGCUUGGAUGACGAUAUUAGUGCAAAAUGUUUCGAUAUUUUGGAGGAGAAGAUUCCACGGAAUAGGUUUACUUUUCAUUUUAUGACAUCGUUGAUGCGUCAACCUCAAUUCAUUAGAAAUGUCUGCAUUUGUGGCGACUUCCACCAUGGGAAGACAACUUUAAUCGAUCGGUUCAUUAACUACAGUAGAUACCCCGCUCCUGACUGUGCAGAAGGUUUUGAUACCAGUUUCACCCGGUAUACAGACACUCGUUUAGAUGAGCAAGCGCGUCAGAUGUCGAUCAAAUCAACUCCAAUUUCAUUAGUAUUUCAAACAGAGACCGGCGGUUUAAGCGGCGACGUUUUGAAACACAAAUCGUAUAUUUUAAAUCUUUUCGAUACUCCUGGUCAUAUAAACUUUAUCGAUGAGUUUAUACAGGCCCAGAGCAUAUCUGAUGGUUGUGUAGUGGUAGUUGAUGUAUUGAUGGGUCGCACUACCACGGUUGAGUUGAUUUUAAAACACUGUUUGAAGUCAAAAGUCUCUUUCUGUUUAUUACUAAAUUGCCUGGAUAGGUUGAUACUGGAGAUGAAGAUACCUCCGGCAGAUGCCUAUAUGAAGAUACGACAUACUAUUGCGGAUUUAAAUGACUACAUAUCAAAUAUAUGCUCCGUUAUCGGCCGUGAUAAAGUAGUUCUAAAUCCUUUACGUGGCAAUGUCCUUUUUGCUUCUGCUAAAUAUGGCAUAUUCUUCACAUUGGAGUCAUUUGCUAUGUUAUACGCUUCAUCUGGUGAUGCAUCUACUGUAGGUAGUGCUCUUUGGGGUGACACAUAUUAUAACCCUGAUACCCAAUCGUUCACUAAGGAGGAGGUUGUUAUGAUUGAGGAUUCUGAGGGAAACAUUGUAGAAACACAGUUGCAACGUUCCUUUGUAGCAUUUAUUUUAGAUCCACUGUACAAGAUCUUUUCACAUGUUGCCUCAGAUGAGCGUCAGGAGCUGACUCCAAUAUUGGAUCAAUUGGGAAUAUCCCUACGUGCUUCGGACUAUCGCAUGGAUACUACCAGGAUUUUACAGAAAGUGUUUAGUGAGAUGUUCAAGGAUCCCAGCGGUCUUGUGGACUUUGUCGUUGCAAAUAUUCCCCCUCCCACGGAGACAGGUGGACGUAUACUAGAGCGUCUGUACACAGGUGAACGUGGCACAAAGAUAUGUGAAGGAAUAGAGCAUUGUAAUCCUGAUGCCCAAUUGAUGAUCUACGUGGUUAAGAAUUAUUACCGUCUAGAUAGCGGCUCUUUUGACGUUUUUGGUCGCGUCAUGUCUGGUACGAUAACAAAAAACCAACGCAUUAAGAUAUUAGGUGAGGGUUACACCCUUGAUGACGACGAAGAUGCGCAGAUAAGGACUGUGGGUGCUCUUUGGAUCCCUGAAGGCAGAUAUCGUGUAGAGGUGAAAUCCGUUUCUGCUGGGAACUGGGUUUUAAUUUCGGGUAUAGACCUUUGUACCCAUAAAGUGAUGACCAUAACGUCAUUGGAUGACCCGUAUAGUGCUGAGAUAUUUCGUAUGAGUGACACUUUGCUCGCCAGUGAGCCUGUUUUUAAGGUUGCCAUAGAGCCUUUGAACCCAUCGGAGCUACCUCGUAUGGUAGAGGGACUCCGUCGCAUUGACCGAAGCUAUCCUGCAAUUAAGACCCGUGUAGAAGAAAGUGGUGAACACGUGGUACUUGGCACUGGUGAACUGUACCUUGACUCUGCGCUUCAUGAUCUUCGUAGGCUAUACGGUGAUUUGGAAGUUAAGGUCUCCGAUCCCGUUGUACGUUUUACGGAGACCAUAUUGGAGCAAUCAGCAACCAAGUGCUAUGCAGAAACCCAGAAUCAGAAAAAUAGGCUAUGUUUUAUUGCUGAACCCCUUGAACGAGGAAUGGCGUCAGCGAUUGAUGAGGGCAUUGUAAGUGCCUCUAUGGAUCCCAAUGAGUUGGAAUCAACCUUCAUGGAAGUGUACAACUGGGAUAUAUUAGCUGCUAAGUCAGUAUGGUGUUUUGGACCUGACAACAGUGGCCCUAAUAUAUUGCUGGAUGAUGUGCUUCCAAGUAACCCAGUAAAAUCCAAGGUCACCAGCAUUAAAUCUGCUUUGAUCCAAGGUUUUAAUUGGGCCUGUAAAGAAGGUCCACUGGUUGAGGAACCUUUCAGGAAUACCAAAUUUAAGUUUAUUGAUGCUGAUAUUGCUGAGGAGCCAAUUCUGAGAAGUGCUGGACAGAUCAUACCUGCUGCACGCCGUGGUGUAUAUGGCGCAUUCCUCUUGUCAACUCCUAGGUUAAUGGAGCCUGUAGUGUAUUCUGAGAUAACUUGUGCGGCAGAUUGUGUUUCUGCUGCAUAUUCAAUCCUCUCAAGACGGCGUGGUCAUGUUCUCAAGGAUCUUCCCAAACCGGGUACCCCCUUUUAUGAAGUGCAUGCUUAUCUUCCUGCUAUUGAAUCCUUUGGUUUUGAGACAGAUUUACGUGUUCAUACCCAUGGUCAGGCAUUUUGCAUUACAUUCUUUGACCACUGGAACAUCGUACCGGGAGACCCGCUUGAUAAGUCUAUUAUUUUGAAGACUUUGGAACCGGCUCCAAUUCCACACCUUGCUCGUGAGUUUAUGGUAAAGACCAGGAAACGCAAGGGUUUGACUGAGGAUAUCACUAUAAACAAAUACUUUGACGCCAGUAUGUUACAGGCCCUAGGUGAGGAGCUGGAGCAAUUCUUCUAGUUCAUUAUGGGCCUUUGAGCACUUAAUCUUACUAAGGCGGUUCAAAAUGGCCUACAAUACUGCAAAAUCAAAAGGACUCACAUCGUCACCUCCGGGUUUUACCGUUCAGGUUACCAGCACAAAGGCUCUUGCUAAUUGAUGGGCACAACUCUACCAAAAGCGUGGAUAUAUAUCGCAUUAAAUAUGAUUAGGGGUGUUACGUCAGGUGUGUUUGAACGACUUAUCUGUACACCCAGCUUGUCGUUACCGUCUAUAUUAGAUUACGACCAAUAUUUAAGAAUCUAGCCCACCUUCUAAGCGUUACU